CCCCAUGUGCACCUCGUGGUGGAGAGAGACUCCUUGUAGCGGUAGCGGAAAGCUCUCAAUGUGGGGAGCGCAGCCAUAAACUUGUUUUAGAGCUAGAAAAAUUAUUUCAUAAUGUUAGUGUUAUUUGAAACUGCCGCCGGCUAUGCCAUAUUCAAGGUCCUGGAUGAACAGAAACUCCAGCAGGUGGACAGCCUGUGGAAGGAGUUUGAAACACCAGAAAAAGCUAACAAAGUUGUAAAACUGAAGCACUUUGAGAAAUUCCAGGAUACAACAGAAGCUCUUGCAGCGGCCACGGCGAUGGUGGAGGGGAAAUUGGGGAAAAGUCUGAAAAAAGUUCUCAAGAAAGUUGUGGCCAAAGAGGCUCACGAGCAGCUGGCAAUCACUGAUGCUAAGCUAGGAGGAGUCAUUAAGGAGAAGCUGAACCUGAGCUGUGUGCACAGCCCUGCUGUGGCUGAGCUCAUGAGGGGCAUCAGAAACCAGAUGGAGGGGCUUAUCACAGGUCUUUCUGCAAGAGAGAUCAGUGCCAUGUCUCUUGGUUUGGCUCACAGUCUUUCACGUUACAAGCUGAAGUUCAGCCCAGACAAGGUGGACACCAUGAUUGUUCAAGCCAUUUCUCUGCUGGAUGAUCUGGAUAAGGAGCUCAAUAACUACAUCAUGCGCUGCAGGGAAUGGUACGGCUGGCACUUCCCAGAGAUUGGCAAGAUCGUCACAGAUAACCUGGCUUACUGCAAGACUGUCCGCAAGAUUGGUGUUCGCACAAAUGUGGCAACAACAGACUUGUCUGAGGUUAUUCCAGAGGAGAUUGAGGCGGAGGUUAAACUAGCUGCAGAGAUCUCCAUGGGAACGGAGGUGUCCGAAGAGGACAUUGCCAACAUCAUGCACCUGUGCGAUCAGGUGAUAGAAAUAUCAGAGUAUCGCACACAGCUGUAUGAUUAUCUGAAGAAUCGUAUGAUGGCGAUUGCACCCAACCUGACAGUCAUGGUGGGAGAAUUAGUGGGAGCCCGUCUCAUAUCCCAUGCAGGAUCCCUGCUGAACUUGGCCAAGCACCCCGCGUCCACCGUACAGAUUCUAGGGGCAGAGAAAGCUCUGUUCCGUGCUCUGAAAACCCGUCGGGAUACGCCCAAAUACGGUCUCAUCUACCACGCCUCUCUGGUGGGGCAGACCACAGCCAAGAAUAAGGGUAAAAUCUCCAGAAUGCUGGCCGCUAAAACGUCCCUUGCCAUCCGUUACGACGCCCUGGGGGAAGACACCAAUUCAGAGAUGGGAAUCGAAAACAGAGCCAAGCUGGAAGUCCGAUUACGCUACCUGGAGGAGAAAGGGAUCAGACGCAUCAGCGGGUCAGGCAAGGCUCUGGCAAGGGCUGAUAAAUAUCAACACAAGAGUGAUGUAAAGGUAUACGACCCAUCUGGUGACUCAACACUCCCCACCACCUCGAAGAAGAGGAAGAUUGAAGAGGUAGAGGAGGGUGAUGAGGAGGAGAAGCCAGUAGAGGCUAAAGCCAAGAAAGUAAAGCGGGAAGCCCCCGCAGAAGGAGAAGCAGAAACAGAGACACCAAAGAAGAAGAAGAAAAAGGAGAAGAAAGCGGAGGAGACGACUGCAGCCGCCCCAGCAGAGAUGACAAAAAAGAAAAAGGAAAAGAAACGAGCAGCGGAGGAGGAGCCGAAGGAAGAGCUGGAAGAAGCAGCAGUCAGUCCAGUAGAAGAGACAACAGAAAAGAAGAAAAAGAAGAAAAAGGUUAAAGAAGAGGAUGAAUAGAUGAAUGGGACUUCUUUUCCAUGAACUUUGUUGUAUAUAAAAUUACUUUUAUAGAGUUUUGGCCAUCAUAUGAUGGUCACAUCCCUUUAUUUUGUGCCUGGCCCAGUUCACAUUCACCAGUUCAAGCGGACUGUUUUCUUUUCUUUUAGGCAAUUGAUUAUUUUUAAUUAUAGGACAUUUUCUCUCCAUAUAGCUUGAUUGAGAAAAGUUCAUAAGAUUUAUGAUUCAAUGCUCCUUGUGUUGAAUAGUACUGGAUCAUUCAGUUCAGUUUGUCUUUUAUAAGUGAAUGUUUUUAGUUUAAAGUGAGAACAGGGUCACAUAAAAGAAAUCUCUGCGAGGAGUCAGUUUUGUCAUGUAAAACUGAGUCAUUUGUGUCUCAAGAUUAUUAAAUACUGUGUUUCUAGCA